GGAAUAUUUGUUUGGUGUUCUUUCUUUCUUCUUAUAAUUAUAUGUCCACCACCUAGCUCCACUCACUCUCACUUCCAUUUUCUUGAAAAUACAUUAAUACAUACAUGCAAAUAACUUCCAACAUUACGUAUAUAUUUACGACCAAAUAUAUAUUUGGCUUAAAAAGAAUCAAGAAGAAUUGAAGUUGUGUUUGAGAUGCUAAUUGAGUAUGGUGUAAGAGAGGGGAUUUGGAGUGGGGAUUUGCCUCUCUAAACUCCCCACAAAAAGCUUAAUUCCCUUUUUGUUUUAUUUCUUCAUUUAGCAUGUGUGAGAGAGUGUGAGGGGGUUAGAAGGUCAAUAAUAUUAAAAUUCAGAUUUGUUGAAUUCCCAUGAAUGGAGGAAAUUCUAUGAUGCUUCCUGGCUGCAAAUGGUGCAGAAGUAAAGGACUGAUCAUGGCUUCUUUGAAUCCAAGACUAGAGACUUUUUCUCCUUUCAGGGAAUAGAUCAACAUUAGCUAAAUCCCCAUAGCAUAUAGUAUUAGCUCUAGUUUGCGUUUCGGUCAUUAUAGUUGUUUCCUUCGGUUCAUCGUGCUUUCUUUUCUGUCAUUAUAGGUUUUUUAUGUGUACGAAAAACUUGAUUGAAACUAGGCAUUUCACUCGAGGGCAAAUCUCCUUUGGCAAUAUAUAUCUGGCAUCCGAAAGAACCUUGAUUCUUUUCGUGGCCAUUUAUACAAAUAUCUAUCCAUCUUUAUAUCAAAAAUUGUUCGGCAAGUUUCUUUUGGCGCUAGCAGAAGUUCUAGUUGAAUGUAAUCCAUUUUUUUCUGCAAAAAAUCUGGCAUAUAGGGUGUCUCUUGCAGACACUGUUUCCCAUUUACGGGCAAAUCUCCUUUUGGCAAUAUCGGGUGUCUCUAGCAGACCCUGUUUCCCUUAUACGGGCAAAUCUCCUUUUGGCAAAUCAUCUCCAAUAUCUUUGGAGAUACUAUCGUUUUUUCUAUCGUUCCUCGAUAGUGAUAUCAGUUAUCCUUCCAAUAUCACAAGGAUCAACGACUCAACGUGAUGGAUGUGUUUUUUAGUGACUUUGAUAGCUACAGUGAGGGUAGCUCUGAUGAACAAGAAGAUGAUGAGUUCUUCUACAGUGGACAAGCAAGCUCUAUUCUCUCUAAUCUUCAAGAAAGUAUCGUGAAAAUCGAUGAUUUGUUAUUAUUUGAGAGAAGAUAUGUCCCUGGUGACAUUGUUCGUUUGGUUAAUGAUCGUCCUUUUUUACAAAUAGGCAGAGUCACGGAUAUUGAAAUGGUUGUGGAUUUGGAGAAUGUUGAUGGAAAGAAACUAAAAGGAAUCAACUCCAAGAACCUGCAAAGAAUUCGUUCGAUCUCAACCAAUGACUAUGUCAUAUGGGGUCCAUGGGUUGGUAAAGCUGACCACAUAACGGAUUCCGUUACUGUCUUGUUCGAUGAUGGUACCAAAUGUGAAUUUACGUUGACUGGCAUGGAAAUGGAGAAGCUCGUACCAAUAUCUCCAGAUUUGUUUGAUGAUUCACAGUACCCUUAUUAUCCAGGACAGCGAGUCAAAGCUGUGAACUUAGCCCAGUCAAAGUCAAAGUCAACCCAAUGGCUCUGCGGGUCGAAGAAUGAAAAACAUGAUGAAGGGACCGUCUGCACGGUGGAUGCAGGGUUGGUCCAAGUGACCUGGCUAGGUUGUGCAGUAAUUGAUUUGGAAACAAUACCAGUGCCACCAUCUUUACAAAAUGCAAAAGAUUUGACAUCUUGUUUUUCUCAGUCAAAUUGGCAGCUUGGCGAUUGGUGUGUGUUACCAAAGAUUGACCACACGGGUUUUAUGAAUCACACAGUUCAUAAACAAUCAAAUCGACAUUUUGGUUUUCAAGAGGUCUUUUUAAUUGCUCAAAUGAAAUUUAAAGUUGAUGUCUUGUGGCAAGAUGGAACCGAAUCGUAUGGGUUAGAUUCAAGUUCUCUUGAUCCUGUCAACACACUUGAUGCUCAUGAUUUUUGGCCUCAUCAAUUUGUUCUCGAGAAAGAAACGUGUGAUGAUCAAGAAAAAAAGUGGGGUCUCGUGAAGGUUGUCGAUACAAAUGAGAAGACAGUGAAGGUUAAGUGGGAAUCUGAAUUAAAAGAGGAAACUGUGAGUGCUUAUGAGCUGAGGGAGCACCCUGACUAUUCUUAUAGUCAGGGUGAUCUCGUGUUUCGGCUACAGAGAGGGCAUAACUUAAAAAACAGUGAAGAUACUGACAAAUGUGGCACUAAUCUUUACUUGGAUCAUAUUGGGAUUGUAAUUGGCAUAAAAAAUGGUAUUGUUGAAGUCAAAUGGGCUGCAGGUUCUACGUCCAAGGUUGCACCUCAAGACAUUUUUCGAGUUGAAAAGUCUGAAAGUGUCUCAGCAACGCCUUUGAUCAACAAUGACAGUAUCGAGCCGAAUCAAGAGAAAUCCAGGCACGAUAACCAUUCACCGGAUCAAUGUGAAAAGUGUUUCUCGGAUUCUGAUGAUGAGAGAGAUUGCUUAAAGACGUUAUAUGAUUCUACUACUUUUAAAGUCCCACGAGCUGCAAUUGGGUUCUUAUCUAAUGUCGCUAGAUGUCUUUUCGGGUUCUCUCCUUACACAUCACUGUCAAGUGCUUCAUAUCAUGCAUCCGAGAAGGAAACAGUACCAGAUUUUGACAGUGAGGAAGUCAAUCAGGUGGUUGUAGAGACAUCUUCUGAGGAAAACCCUACCGAAUUCAAAGAGUUGGAAGAUGCUUCAGCUUUAUCGACCAACAAGAAUCUCAAAGAGAUCAAGCAGUUUGACAUGGUCAACGAUUGCUUGAACCACCACUUUGUUGAUAGUCCUGAAAAGUGCUCCGCGUCAAGUCAGGUGAAAAAAUCUUGGCUAAAGAAAGUUCAGCAAGAAUGGAAUAUUUUGGCUAACAAUCUUCCUGAAACAAUAUACGUCCGUGUGUUUGAAGAAAGGAUGGACCUCUUACAAUCGGUAAUCAUCGGGGCACCAGGGACUCCUUAUCACGACUGCCUCUUCUUCUUUGAGAUCUUCCUUCCCCAGGAAUAUCCUCAUGAGCCUCCGAUGGUGCAUUAUGAAUCUGGCGGGUUAAGGGUCAACCCAAAUUUGUAUGAGUCAGGGAGGGUGUGUCUUAGCCUUCUCAACACCUGGACCGGGACAGGGACCGAGACGUGGAACCCCAAUGGUUCAACAAUUCUUCAAGUUUUACUCUCUCUUCAGGCCUUGGUGCUUAACCAAAAACCUUACUUCAAUGAAGCUGGGUACGACCAGCAAGUUGGAAGUCUUGAGGGUGACAAGAACUCGUGUAGCUACAAUGAGAAUGCGUUCCUUAUGAGUUGUAAAACCAUGCUUUACAUACUUCGCAAGCCACCUAAGCAUUUUGAAGAACUUGUGGAAGAGCAUUUCAGCAAACGCUGUGUGCAUAUCUUGAUGGCUUGUAAGGCAUAUCUCGAAGGGGUUCCAAUAGGUUGUGCUUUCGAGAGCCAAAAUCUUGAUCCCGAACUUCAGAAAGUUAAUUCUACUGGUUUCAAGAUUAUGCUCUCAAAGCUCGUCCCGAAGCUCAUAGAAGCAUUUACUGCAAGGGGUUUUGACUGUGGCGAAUAUAGUAAAACGGGGUGGUGGUAAGUCAUCAAAUAACAUAGGCCAUUUUCGGCUCCUACAAGUAUCAAAUCGAAAGAAAAAUAGAAAUUUGAAAGCAUCAGGUGUAUCUCGUAAAUUAUUAGCGAUUUGGAUUUGACAGCUCGUUUACCUAGAAACAAAAAUAUUGGGUUCUAGUUAAAUCAACAAUUACUGUAUAAAGGUUAAGGUAGUUUUUGUUUGGAAGUUAAGAUCUAAGAUUCAGAGAAACAGAGAAAUUUUAAUGCAUGAUUACAUGCUAUUAAAGUACUGUGUAUAUGGAUUUGAACUUUCUCUAGAGAAAGAAAUUACCAAAGUGUUCUAUGUAAUAUAUUACUGUAUUUGUUUGGGUU